AGUAGCUUAAUAUGUAUUUAAUGUUCGAUUAAAAUAAAAUUAAUAAACGAGUGCAAGUAAGAUGAAAAUCAUGCAGUCGUAACGAGCACUCCAUGCUGAAAAUACCACGAUGGCGGGCAGAUGGAAUAUGUUUUGGCUAUUGCUGCCACUGCUGCUAAUAAUAAAACUAAAUAGCGGGAUCGUCUUUAAGAUGACGAACGCCGUUUGCGAGAGCCACAACAAAUCCUGGGUGCUAAUCGACACUUGUCGGCUUCGAGCAUUGCAGCGCAACAAAACCGUCCUGAAUGUAUUCGUGAAUAUACUGCAUCCAUCGAAUUCUAUGAAAAUAGAAUAUGAAGUUAACAAAAGAGCCAACGGCUACAAGCCUUGGAUAGUUAACGGAGAAUUUGAUGUUUGUAGACACAUGCGAAAACCAAAAGAUAAAUUUGCCGAUCUACUCUUUGCUCUAAUCGGAGAAUUAACAUCAGUUAAUCAUCCAUGUCCAUAUAACGGUAUAAACUACUUAAAAAAUUUUUAUCCAAUAGCUGAUAGGCUACCCGUUAUAAUGCCAACUGGAGAAUAUGUUAUACUAAUGAAAUGGAAAUUUUAUGGAAGAACUCAAUUCAUUACCAAUGUGUACUUUACAUUUGUGGAGAAUUUUUAAAUUGUGCUUGGAUAAUAUUUAAUUUUCAGAUACGGCUUUUCAAAUUGUUCAGCUAAUCGUUCUAUUACUUUUCAGUGUAAUUAUAUAUUGAUACGCUCAUUAAAAAUCGUUUAUGCCUA